AUGCCGUCCAGCGAUACUUCCAGGAGUUCUCCAGGGUGGACAACUGUUGAUCCUGAAGAAAUCCAAGGGGGGUUGGACGAUAAAUGGCCUCACGAUGCUCCUCCUCUCAUCGCCAUUGUCGGCAUGGGAGUACGACUGCCAGGUGGUGUUUCUUCCCCAGAAGACUUCUGGCAAUUGAUGAUUGACAAGAAAUGCGCGUCUGUGCCUGUUCCUGCUGGACGGUAUAACGUGGAGGCCUUCUACGGAACUCCAGGCGUGAACAUGCAAUCAGUGAUUUCCCAAAAAGGAUACUUUCUUGAAGGCGACUACCUGGGAAAGGUCGAUACCUCGUUCUUCCAGCAUAAUCGGUACGAGCAUGGGUUCCAAGAUCCCCAGCAGAUGCUGCUAUCAGAAGUGGUUUGGGAGUGUAUGGAGAGCGGUGGGCAAGUCAAUUGGCAAGGGACGGAAAUCGGAUGCUUUGUGGGCACGUUUGGAGAGGACUGGCUCGAUCUUACAGCAAAGGACACCCAAAAUCUCAACCCCCUCUACAUUGUUGGAUCCGGUGAUUAUGCGGCAUCGAACAGGGUAUCAUUCGAAUAUGACUUGAAAGGCCCGAGCAUGACUUGUCGAACUGCCUGUUCAUCCUCUCUCGUGGCGCUUCACGAGGCCUGUCAAGCAAUUACCCUUGGCGAUUGUCCUUCCGCCAUCGUCGGAGGAUCCAGUCUCAUUUUCACACCGACAAUGACAAUCAACAUGUCUCGGGCUGGGGCUCUAUCCCCAGAUGGGAUCUGCAAGACAUUCGAUGCGGACGCUAAUGGGUACGCCAGAGCGGAAGGCGUCUGCGCGCUUUAUAUCAAGAAACUAGACGAUGCCAUUCGUGACAAAGACCCGGUCCGCGGGGUCAUUAGAGCAGUUGCGACCAACUUUGAUGGCCGAACAAAUCAUAUCACGGUCCCGUCGGCGGUCGGACAAGAGAUUCUGAUCCGGAAAGCCUACCGAAAAGCACACAUCGCCAAUCUUGCAGAGACGGCAUUUGUAGAAUGCCACGGCACAGCUACGCGGGUGGGCGAUGUCGUCGAGACCACUGCCGUGGCGAAUGCCUUUGAACGCAAUCCAUUGAUUAUUGGAGGGGUAAAACCUAAUAUUGGUCACACAGAGGGCGCAGCAGGCCUGGCAGGCUUGAUCAAAGCAGUGCUUGCCUUGGAGCACAGACAAAUCCCUCCCAAUGUCAAUCUUUCAACGCCAAACCCAAACAUUUUAUUCAAGGAGGCAGGUUUGACGGUACCUUUGGAUGUCCUCCCUUGGCCAGUAGACCGGAAAGAACGCGUCAGUAUCAACUGCUUCGGGGUCGGUGGCACCAAUGCCCAUGUCAUUGUCGAUUCAGCGGCAUCCGUGAUGUCUUCUAUGUCCAUGGAGUCGCUAAAAAUUAGCAGCAACGUCCCAAAACUACUCCUAUUAUCGGCUAGCAGUCCCCAAUCCCUUGAUGAGCGAGCGAAGGGCAUCCAGGAAUACCUUGCGCAGCAUCCCGAAGCAUUCUCUGAUUUAGCCUAUACGCUCAGUGCAAAGCGAGAGCACCUCCGUCACCGGGCAUUCGCAGUCACCGAUGGAACUGUUUCUCUUGAGGCCAGCGACUUCACGAAAGCCGACAACAAAAAGUCUGGAACUAAAAUCGCAAUAUUCGCUUUCCCGGGCCAGGGAGCUCAGUGGGCUGGAAUGGGGACUGAAUUAAUGGAUAGCUUUGCGUCCUUCAGGAAGGACAUGGAGCACAUGGAUCGGGUUCUUCAGAGCUUGUCAAAUGCCCCCGCAUGGCGGAUUCAAGAGGAGUUGCUUAAAACAGGAGAAAACAGUGGCAUCAACCGACCCGAAAUAGCACAGCCACUGUGCACCGCAGUUCAAAUUGGUUUGGUGAACAUCCUCAGAAGCUGGAACAUUACCCCCGACAAAGUCAUAGGUCAUUCCAGUGGAGAGUUUGCAGCAGCUUACGCAGCUAAUGCCUUAUCUGUGGAGACGGCAAUCAUAUUAGCCUAUACCCGCGGUGUAGUCGCUAACAUGGCACCAGAAGGGAGCAUGCUUGCGGUGGCGCUCGGCCGAGCCAAUGUCAGCGAAUAUUUGGACAACGACAUAGUGUUGGCGUGCGAGAAUAGUCCGAAUAGCGUAACUCUUGCAGGGAACCGUGGUCAGCUAGAGCAGGUAGCGUCUCGGAUCCAGAGCGAAAAGCCGGAUACCCUGUUGAAAAUCUUGCCUGUGGAACGAGCAUACCACUCUGGACAUAUGGCUUCCGUGGGUUCCAAAUAUGAAGAACUCACCCGACCCCAUCUGGUUAAUGAUAAAGUCUCAAUGAUUCCAAUGUACUCAACAGUAUCCGGUGGAGUGACCACCAGUCCUGGAGAGCUUGACGCGGCGUAUUGGCGCCGUAGUCUGGAAUCCCCUGUCUUAUUCUCAACUGCUUUCCGAGAUUUGGUCACGUCGACACAAAACAAGCAUCAUGUUGUAAUAGAAAUUGGUUCAAACUCAGCACUCCGUGGGCCGAUCCAACAAAUUCUGCGAGAUACAAACACCAGCUUCACAUACUGUUCGACCAUGAGAAGUAAUGAGAGUAAUAUUACUCGGGUCUUUUCUGUUGCUGGAACCGCUUAUGUCAAUCAUUUGCCAGUUGACCUGAUCGCUGUCAAUGAAGGCCAUCAGGGCCAAACACUCACCGAUCUUCCUCCCUAUCCGUGGCAGCGUGAAGACAUUCCCUGGGCAGAGACACGCAUCAGCAAACAAUGGCGGUUGCGCCAAUUUCCCCGCCACGAACUGCUCGGGGUGCGAUGUUUGGAAUCCAACGACUUCGAGCCGGCAUGGAGAAAUAUUCUGAAGGGCGAGGAAGUUCCCUGGAUCAAUGACCAUCGCAUGAUGGGUCUGGUCAUAUUCCUAGCUGUGGGAUAUGUAGCCCUGAUAUCGGAAGCUAUCCGACAGAUAUCCGGUUCAACUGACUGCACCCUCGAGCAACUUCAACUUAUGGAGGCCCUUGUCCGAGAUGAGGAAGAAAUCGAAAUCAUGACAACAUUGCGAAAAGCGACAAUGAAUGCAACGAUGGACUCGGACUGGUAUGAGUUUACAGUGUGCUCUUACACUGGCCAAGGCUGGACAAAGCACUGUUCCGGGAAGGUGAGAGCGGGCACGGAUCAGCCACUUCCGUCAAACACUAUUCCAGAGCCUUUCGAGCGAGAUAUUACAUCGCACAAUUUCUAUCGCAGAUGUGAGAAGAAAGGCCUUGAGUACGGGACUCAUUUCGAGGGACUGCAUGAUAUCAGCGUCAGUCCGCUGAAAAAUGCAGCACGUGGACGAGUAGAGGACCAUCGUGAUCUUCACGACAGUUAUUAUGCCAUACAUCCGGCGAUCGUAGAUCAGUGUCUUCAAGUCGUGCUUGCAGCCAGUGACAAAGGUGUGUCGCACUAUCCUGACAAGGCAGGCAUGCCAUUGUACAUCGACCGGGUUUACCUUGCCCCUGGGAGCAGCUCGAUGCUAGUUGAGGCGGAGACGACCGAUUCAACCAAGGAGGAUCUAAGUUGCUAUUUCAAGGCGGUUUCUGAGUCAACGGGAAAAGUUGUUUUGGAAGUGAAGGGAUUGCGCUUGUUGCCCGUACCAGAAGCAGCCCAAGAAGCCAAAGGAUCGAAGUUUGCAACUCAUGUUGAGUGGAAGCCGGAUAUUAGAUUUCUGCCGGGAAAUCAGCAAGUGCCGUCGGCCACUUUCUUAAAUCAACAGAAAACUGAAAUCUUUGCCAUGGCAGGGUUUCUCGUUGUAUUCGAGAUGAUUGAAGCCUUAACGCCUCAUGAACAUCUUCCUGCACACCUAGCCAAGUACAGAGCGCUAGUUAUGGACGCAGGCAAGAAGGUCGUUCAGGGUCAGUAUGACCAUGUUCCUGGAGUUAUGGAAAUCAAAGAGAUGAGCAGAGAGCAGCGGAAGGCGCUGUUCAAGCCCUUGCAAGACCAAUUCCCGGACCCGAGAGUUGAACGAUUCUAUAGGGACGCCUGGACGUACGCAAGUGAACAUUCGAAUCAACUUAUAGAAGGGGCCAUCUUUGAAGACACGUCACUUUUGGAGACGAUCAAGGGCAUUGUUGAAUGGGGCCUUGGGCUAUACGACUGGAGCACUUUCUUUGGUCCUCUAUCUCACACGAAUCCAAGUAUGCGCAUCUUAGAAAUUGGAGCAGGGGCAGGUUCAGCAACGGCGGCCAUCUUGAAUGCAUUGACUACCGAGCGGGACGACCGUCUUUUCAGUCAGUUCACGGUAACCGACGUGCUACCUGGGCUUGUCAGGCAAUUGAAACAGCGUUUUAAAAACGUUCCGAAAAUGGAGCACAAGACUCUAGAUAUCUCGAAGAGUCCGACAGAGCAAGGGUUCGCAGAAGACAGCUUUGACUUGGUUGUUGUCUGCAAUGUUCUGCAUGAAACACCUAUUCUUGGUCAAUCACUCGCACACAUCCGCUCUUUACUUGCUCCUGGGGGUCGGCUGCUUUUGUACGAGCCCUGCUCCGAGAUUCCACACUUCGAUGUAGUCAUGGGUAUCCUUCCUGGGUGGUGGUUAGGUGCUGGUGACAACCGUUGUGAUAAGCCUUACGUUCCGGUGGAACGUUGGCAACAGGAGUUAUGCAAGGCAGGCUUCUCGGGACUUGAUGGAUAUCAAUAUAAUGCACCCGCACCGCUCCACUGGCAGGCAAUGAUGCUAUCAACAAAUCCAGCGGUCGAUGACCCGCGCUCAUCCAUCAACCUGCUUUGCACGACAGAGAUUAAGUCCAACCCUUGGACACAAAGCCUGGAGCGCCACCUGUCCUCCGAGGGAUAUGAAGUGCACUGGUGCAUCUGGGGGAAAGAAUUUCCAACAGAAAAUGUGAUCGCACUGCUGGAUGUUGAAAGCCCAUUCCUGCACGAUAUGUCCCAGUCCACAUAUAGUGCAGUGCAAAGCUGGAUGCCGUCGGUGAAACUUCUCCUUUGGGUGACCCAUUCAACGCAGAUGGAAUCCAAAGAUCCUAGAUUCAGUCUCAUUCUAGGUCUCGCUCGCACAUUGCGGUGUGAAUUGAAUGUCGACAUUGGCACUUGUGAGAUCGACUCAUUUAACGAGGCCGCACUUCCCAUAGUAACGCAAGCUUUCAAGGAGCUUGGUACGUCGAUUACAGGGCAAGGGUCUCGUGACUAUGAGUUCAUCUCGCAUAGAGGUGUGGGCCACACUGGUCGUGCAGCCGUUGCCAAGAUUACAGACCAUCUCCAAGCCACAGACCAGCUAGAUGUCCAUCAGUUAGACAUUCAAACGAUCGGUGACUUGAGCUCGCUCGGAUGGAAACCUGUUCCUACAGAGGCUGUCGGCCCACACGACGUGGAAGUCAAGGCCAGCUAUAUGGCGCUAAACUUCAAAGACCUUAUGAUGUGUCUGGGUAUCGUUGAACGGGCCAAAACAAUGGACUUCGGGUUUGAGGCCAGUGGUAUUAUCACUCGCGUAGGGUCGGAGGUGAGAACUAUGCAAGUCGGUGAUCGAGUAACCUUGUUCCACCCGCAGCCGAUGAGAACUCGAGCUGUUUUUCCUGCUGAGCAAGUACUCCCCGUUCCAAAUGAGCUCACGCUCGCAGAGGCUGCAGCCGUUCCAAGCGCUUAUGCAACUGCUAUCUGUACACUGGUCGGAAUCGGAAAGCUACAGAAGGGCCAGUCUGUCUUAAUUCAUUCCGCGUGUGGAGGAGUCGGUCUAGCGGCAGUGCAUGUCUGCCAGAGCCUCGGCGCCGAGGUAUUUGCCACUGUUGGUAGCCAGGAAAAGAUUGAGUACCUUAUCAAGAGAUUCGGAAUUCCACGGUCGCACAUCCUCGACUCACACAGUGUUUCGUUUCUGACGGGCAUCAUGAGGGAAACCAAUGGCAAGGGCGUCGAUUUGGUGCUCAAUUCCUUAGCUGGUGAACUACUCCGUGCAUCAUGGAAAUGUGUCGCUCAGUUCGGCAAAAUGCUUGAGCUUGGAAAAAGAGAUAUGCUCGGCCAUGGCAUGCUUGAUCUCAAUGGGUUCCAGGGGUGUCGUUCAUUCUGUGGUUUCGACUUGUAUAGUGUGGCCUAUGACGAUGUCGAAACCGGAAGAUGGGCCCUUAACUUGGGUACUAAGCUCUUUAGCGACACAGAUUACCGCCCUCCGCAGACAAUUUUCAAAGUGGAUCAGUUAGAAACUGCCAUGCGACAAAUGCAAAAGGGACAACACAUUGGAAAGUUCGUCAUUGACAUGCCUGAUGACGAGAGAGAGCUUCCAUUGCUUCCAGCGCAGCCGAGGUUUGCAUUCUCUCCCAAGUCUUCAUAUUUACUGGUUGGUGGUUUGAGAGGCAUUGGUCGGUCCGUUGUUCGGUGGAUGGUGGAGUAUGGGGCCCGUCACUUUGUAUUCCUCUCGCGAUCGGCUGGAUCCCACAAAGAAGAUCAAUUAUUUGCUCAGGAGCUAGAGAUCCAGGGAUGCCGCGUGAAGAUGGUCGCUGGAAGUGUGGCGGAUGCGGACACCGUUGGGUGCACGAUUCGAGAAAAUGUACGCCCAAUCGCCGGCGUGAUCCAGAUGUCAGCUGUUCUGAAGGACCAAUUAUUCGACAAGAUGACAUAUGAGGACUGGACCACGAGCUUGGCAACCAAAGUCCAGGGAACGUGGAAUCUUCACCAUGCUCUGCUGGGACAGUCCCUAGACUUUUUCAUUGUCUUCAGUUCCCUAGCUAGUAUGAUUGGAAACCCAGGACAGGCUAACUAUGCCGCUGCAAAUUCGUUCUUGGACGGAUUCGUACAGUAUCGCCGAGGGCUAGACUUACCCGCCUCGCUGGUCAGCCUGGGCCCUGUCGACGAAAUGGGUCUCAUGGCGAACAAGCCAGAGCUCCUGAAUAAAGCCCGCCAAACAUUCCGCCACAUUAUGGGGGAAGAAGAUGUGCUGAAGGCGUUCCAGGUAGCUCUACUCUCAGCGAAAGAUGGCCCGUUGUCAACACGCCCUGGAGUGGUGGUCUCCGGGUUUUCUCCUACCGUCCUUACCAGUGAUCCAUGGCUGCAACAUGAUGCGCGAUUUUCCAUUCUUUCCGCCGCAGGAACAGACGCGUCAACCGCUGGGGGACUCGACGAAGAACAACUGCGGCAGAAACUCGCGUCUCUUAGAGACAAUCCGGGACCCCUGAAAGAUGGCACACGUGAGACUUGGAUCAUCGAAAAUCUUGGCGAGCAGAUCGCAUCACAUAACAUUAACAGGCAAUCCGAGGAGACAAGUGUAGACUACUAUGCUAGUCUCGACGUGGAUUCUCUGAUGAGUCUGCAGAUCAAACAUUGGCUGCGCCGCAAGGUAGAGGUGGAGCUUUCGCUUGGGGACAUUAUCAAGGCCAGAACGGUGGGGAAUAUUGCAAAAUUGGUUACAGAGAAUCUCCGUGCAAGAUACGGGGUGAAAGAUGAAGGAGGUGCCACAACUUAG